AUGGGCGAAACAAUGGGCCGGGAUACGGAUGUUCGGGAAGCGUUCACAUCCGGGCGGGAAAGGACCGGGAAUCGGUUCCCACCGGAUACCAAUAUCGAAGACUUUGGUGUGCAGUGGUUGACGGUGAAUGGUACCGAACUGGAUGCGGAGUAUAAGCAACAAAACCUUGGCAUCCUCGAAAGGACAGAAAUAGUUGGCAACAUGUCGAACGGUACGUCCGAAGCGAUCGAGAGCCUGGAGCAACCAAUCAACAGCUUUUACUUCUAUGAGACUGAACAAUUUGCAGUAUUAUGGAUAUUAUUUGUGGUGAUCGUGCUCGGCAACACUGCUGUGCUGGUGACGCUAUUUCUAAACAAAAACCGCAAAUCGAGGAUGAAUUUUUUCAUCAAACAGCUUGCGAUAGCAGACCUCAGCGUGGGGCUGCUAAGCGUCCUGACGGACAUCGUGCAGCGGAUAACGAUCUCCUGGUUGGCCGGGAAUGUGGCCUGCAAGCUGAUCCGUUUCGUCCAGGUGUGGGUAACGUACGCCUCCACGUACGUGCUGGUGGCCCUUAGUAUCGACCGCUACGAUGCCAUCACGCACCCGAUGAAUUUUUCCGGUUGCUGGAAGCGUGCCCGUCGACUGGUAGCCGCAGCCUGGGGCUUCAGUGCCGUCUUUUCGUCGCCCAUGUUCUACCUGUACGAGGAGCGCACCAUACAGGAUCAACUGCAGUGUUGGAUCGAUCUGGGCGAUCCGUUCCGGUGGCAGGUGUACAUGUGUUGGGUCGCCGCCUCACUCUUCGUCAUUCCGGCGUUCAUCAUUUCGGCAUGUUACGUCAUCAUCAUUCGGACGAUAUGGAGCAAAGGUUCGAUGCUGGGACCGGCCCCUGUCGGUGCUGGUGCAAACGGAGCCAAACAUCGACCAAUCCGCAAUGGAGGUUGCGCCGAGCUGGCUAGCAGACGAGCCAGCUCCCGUGGCAUCAUACCACGUGCGAAGGUGAAGACGGUGAAGAUGACGAUCGUGAUUGUGAUCGUGUUUGUGCUGUGCUGGUCACCGUACAUAGUCUUCGAUCUGCUGCAGGUGUUCGAGCAGAUACCAAAGACGCAAACCAACAUCGCUAUCGCCACCUUUAUCCAAAGCUUGGCGCCGCUCAACUCGGCGGCCAACCCACUGAUAUACUGUCUCUUUUCCACGCACUUUGUGCGCACACUGAAAAGACUUCCACCAUUCCGAUGGCUGCUAUCGUCACCGUUCUGCUGUGCCAGUGAGGAAGACCGCACAGACCGGGCCCGUUGCGGUACGAUCUCGAACGGAAAUCGCAACCUGCGCAACCAGCACAGCAGCAGCUCGAUGCGAACGCUGACCACCUCGCUGACCGUAUCGACCCGUCGAUCGACCGCCACGAUAUCGACGCGUGGUACGAAUGGUGGUGCCGGUGCAGCGGGACGCUUGCUCGUGUAGCGAGGGAUGGUGGGGAGUGGAAAAGCUAGUGGGCCAACGCCCGGUGCCACGCAGGUCUAUCUCGAUACCGAGGGAAAAAUAUUCCUCGUGCACAAGACCGCUCUCCACCAACGACUUGCUUAGAAAUCUGGCCUCCCCAUAAGUUCCGAAGGAUUUACAUGACAUGGGUCGGUUCGGAAGGAUCUCAAGCUACCUUGCAGCCAUCAACUGUGCUGGCGGAUGCGCUAGGUGCCAUUCAGUGUUUAGUCUAGUCAGGAUGUGGAUAUAACAAACGAAUCUUCACCAACCUCCCAAAGACAUCACAAACAACGAAGAAUUCGCUAACGGUGAGCCUUUAUAGUACGAGGGCUUUACAAUAACACCUUUCCGGCAGCGGAAUUUAAGGUGAUGCUAAGCAACGAAUACCGACGCGCACAAUAAUGUCACCCGACAACAGUCCCAGCAGGCCAACCCGGAGGGAAAAUCGCGUUAAAAAGAGAUAAAUAAGCUGUGUGCCAAGUAAUAAAACUCGAAUGGUGUCGUGCAAAUUGCAUACUUUGAGGUGUUUUGCAGGCAGACAAAUGAAGCGAGCAUACCAUUUACACAGUAUAUGAUAAAAUACUUUGCGUUUCAAAAAAUAAUGCAACACUUGUUUGUCUCUGCCAAUAAGGCACUGUCAGUUGGGUAUCAUGUUAGGGAUAAGGUCCUGCGAAACAACCAACCUUAGAGGAGACCGCUACCAACAGUGAAGAUAAUUUGUAAUUUUGUAGCGCUCUGCCUGCUUACAACAGCAAAGAAUCUUUGUGAGAAAUUUGUUGCCAUAUAGAACCCUUGCGUGCAUGGCGAAAACACCUGUAAAGUAAGGCUGUAACAGUUGUUAUAUUUGGCAUGUUAAACCGGGCGAAGAAUGAGUUUAAUCAAUUGAUGUGCUUGGAUUAGCUUUAGGUAUUUUUAUGUAAAAAGUCUUUUAAUCGUAAGUUAAUAAUGUGUACUACAAUAAACACCCCGGUAGGAAGUAGGCUUUGGAACGAUCGAUGUAUACGUUCGAGAAUGGAUGUGAACAACAGAAUGAUUUUAACGCACACUCCACCACAGUAGGCCCUGGCGUAGUUUUGACGGAUGAAAGGAUGUCAUAGGUAACUGUGUUUCUUCUGAAACAAGCUUGACAGGCGUUAGCUACGGCUGUGUGGAACAAAUAGGUUCCGUUGGCAUACAAGGGUUUAACGAACAGUGGUUCCAAAAAGCGAAAGCACUACCGACCAUCAUUGAUAAGCCUACCGUUGGGAGCGACUUUUAGACUCACCCUUAGUGCUGUACCGUUGGGUGUAUAGUUUAGAACGGAACGAUGGCGUUUCGAGCGGAUGUGAGUGUGCAUUUUUUGUAUAAAACUCUGUUUCACCACAAACAUUUUUACAAGAGCCAGUCAGUAAUGCUGCAAAAUCGAGCAAAACAAGAGUUGUUGACGCUGUGUAGCUUAAUUCAAAGCAAUUUUCGUAAGAUUGUUAACCUACAGUACUUUAGUGUCUUUUUUCUCUCUCGAUUUCAUUCCGUUUGUGUAGUGUGUUAAACUUGCAACGCCUGAAAUUAUGCAAUCAUACAGUAAUGUAUCCGUUUUUUCUGUUCUCGGUGGAUUUUCGGAAACCUGAUUCGACAUUGUAUUAAUCCUCUUUUGAUUGCAAAGUUCCACAAGGCCCCACAGCUCUCUGUUUUCGUGACCGGUGCUUUAAACCCCCAUAUUGCAUAGCUUUAGGCAAACGCAUCCAGUACACAAGCGCAAGAAGGAGCAGAAGUACACCAAAGGGACAAAUGUUUCGUUUUCUUUGCAAACCUUUUGCUUCGACUGAUGGUGUUUUUUUCUACUUUGUUUUGUAUAAAGGAUGCAAAAACGUGCGAUUUAUAAAAUUGUAAUAACAAACAUUCUUGUAUACCUGUUGAUAUGAUAUAUAC